AUGCUGGUCAUGCUUACUACGGCUCUGCUCGCCCUGAGUGGCAGCUUGGUGAAUGCCCACGGGUCGCAUUCCAGCCCUCAGGAUCCCUCUGCAGAUUGGGCGACUCGGCACAUGCAAGAGGAACAUCACAUCGAUACCUUUGACGGCGCCUCUUUCUUCACACUUCACGACUACGAUUCAUCCGGAGUGUGGACACCCGAUGAAGUUCGGAAAACAUACGGCAUGGACGACGAGUCCAAUGUGGGCCUCACCGAGGAGCGGAAGUCGGAAGCGCUGAGGGAAGUAUUUACUCUUUUCGAUCCGGCGAAUACUGGGUUCAUCAGCCGCGAGAAUUGGUUACACCUUAUCUCCGAUGGCGUGAAACUGCCGGACUUUGGGUUCGGGCCUGGUCAUCACGGAGAUAUUGAGUACGAAUACGAGAUCCAUCACUUCGAAAUGUACCACGGUGAGGAUGCGACGGAGGAAGAACUCACGCACCCUGAAGACAUUGAACAUUUCAAGAGACAUGACGAGGAGGAUGAGGCGAUGGAUAAACUGGAGCAGCUUGAGCGGAUGGCAAUUGUUGCGGCAAACAUUCCGGCGAAAUUCCGAAAGCAAUAG